AUGAUGUAUCCUCCAAGGCAAUGGUUGUCUUCCACCACUAGAGCACUCGACACAUCACUUAAGAGAACCGCGCACACACGAUCACUUGAGGGGCACACUACUGAAGAGCCAACUAUUGAUCAGGGAAGGGCGAGGGAAGAAGCCAUGUGUACCCUGAGACGUUUGCAGACUAAAUGGAGGAGCUGUAGUGGACUUCGGAGGGGGGAGGUGUCUGCGCCGCCGCUUCUAGCUUCCUCUUCUCCCAUUGGCCCAUCGCUCCCCUCCACCACCCGAUUGGCCAUGACGUCACACCCCCACACGUGCAUCCCCCCACCACGGAGGGGUACCCACCGCAUUCCUACCACGUGCACAAGGACAGGGCGGGUCAACGCCCUACUCCCCUUCCUCCGCUAGACCUACAAAUACACAAUUACUAUCUUCGAUAAUAGAUUUAUUAAAUAAUGAACGAUGAAAAAAAAUUAUAUGUAUAUUUAUCGAAAAUUAAUCUUAAGAAUACACACAAUAAAAAUAUCAAUAUUAAAAGAAAUAACACCGAGUACAGAUUCUAAUAUACACAUUGCAGCCUUUAAGCCUUUAGAAUACAAACGUUUAACUACUCCUAAUCAUACCGUUUUAGUAAACAACAAUAAAAAAAACGCACACAAAUAUGAAUUAAGAGAAUGUGAUUUUACUCGUCAAAAAUAUCACAAAACGUAAAGUAUUUUUUACG